AUGGAUUCAAGAGAAGCAGCAGCAGCAGCAGCAGCAGGAGCAGCAGCAGCAGCAGCAGCAAGGAGAGAGGGGAAUAGAUCUGGCUGCGGCUGUUUAGGGCCUGAAGGCGAAGCUUUAGGAGCGCUGCUGCACGCCUGCCCGCAUCAACCUUUGCAUUAUUCUUAUGCUUCUUCUUCUUCUUCUGCUGCUGCUGCUGCUGCUGCUACUGCUGCUGCUGCUGCUGCUGGGUUCCCUGGUCUUCCUUUAACAGAAACUGCAGCAGCACAGCUGCAGCUAGAAGAAGAUUGUCUUUCGUGCUUCAAGCAGCACUUCCCAGCUCUAGCGCAGCACCCCGCUCUCCUCCAUUCACACCAGCAGCAGCAGCAACAGCAGCAACAGCAGCAGCAGCAGCAGCAGCAGCAGCAGGAGCAGCAGCAGCAAGAGCAGGAAGAUGAAGAAGAUAUGCCUAUAGAAGAUCUUGAGUUUCUGUGGAGGCGGGCAUCAUCUCAGGUGUAUCUGCAGCGUAACGAACAUAUAUUAUUUUUAAAUAAACAUCUUCAUACACCGUUUUCAAGCACUAUGAUAGAAUUAAAUGCUUCAAAAAUAUUAUAUACAUUAGAUCUAUGCUGGGAUGAUAAAGGAGGCGGUGCCUGGGGCGGAGGAUAUAAACAACAGGCGCACCUUGCAUGCACUUAUGCAGCAGCAGCUUGCUUAGCAGAAAUGCGAUUAUUAGAGCGCUGGUGUACGAUAAACAAAGACAAAAGAAUGCAGCUUUAUCGUACACUCAAAGCGCUUAAGAGCCCCUGUGGAGGCUUCAGGCUUCAUAGAGACGGUGAAGUUGAUAUGAGAGGGGCUUACUGCGCAAUAGCUGUUGCUUCUUUAUUUAAUAUUUUAACUGAAGAUUUAAAACAUAAUUUAACUAAUUAUGUAGCUUCCUGCCAAACGUAUGAAGGCGGCAUUGCUGGUGAAGCAGACUGUGAAGCACACGGAGGCUAUUCUUACUGCGGUCUUGCUGCAUUAGCUAUAGCUGGCGAGGCAUCUGCGUUAGAUUUAGAGGGUUUAUUACACUGGGCAGCAAAAAGACAGAAAGGGUUUGAAGGAGGGUUUGAAGGCAGGACGCAAAAGUUAGCAGAUUCUUGCUAUUCUUUUUGGCUGCGACAACACGGAGGCCUCUUUGAUAAGCCCGGAAAGUAUAAUUUAUUUAAUUAA